CCACGCGCAAGUACGAAAACGUCUUAAGGGUGAAGAAGAAAACCUGAUGGUCACUGGCUACGAAUUCUUAAUGCCUUUGGAUCCAAGAUCAGGUAACUUCUGUGCGACCCAAGAUUAUUAUUACCCCUCUCAUUUCGGUGUAGGGGCUCACUCGUUGAUGAACGCUGCACACGCAACUCACCCACGAGAAUGCCUUUCCUUUCGUGAUAUCACACGCACCUGGAGCUCGGCAAUAAUUUUUCGACCUGGCGGACCGACGGAUGUGGCAAAGUCAGCAUAUUCGCAGUUCCAUGGUAGAAAUAAAAAGCCACAGGAUGUGUGGGGUGGGUGGUUUGUGUGGGUCGUGAGUACAGUAAAUGAAUCAGAUCCAUCAUUCGAGUGA